CUGAAGAGCCUAGCACAUGGCAGACAACACUCGGAGGCAAAGAGAGUCCAUUUCUCUCACACCUGUGACCCACGGCCUGGAGAACAUGGGGGCUGACUUCCUGGAAAGCAUGGAGGAGGGUCGACUCCCACACAGGCACUCAAGCCUGUCAGAGACUGGAGGCAGCUGGGACAAAGCAGAGCGGAAACCCUUCUCCCGAUGGAGGAGUCUGCAGCCCACUGUGCAAGCGAGAAGCUUCUGCAGGGAGCACCGGCAGCUGUUUGGGUGGAUCUGCAAAGGCCUGCUCUCUACUGCAUAUAUUGGCUUCCUGAUCGUUGCCUGCCUCCUGGACUUCCAGAGGGCCCUGGCGCUGUUCAUCAUCACCUGUGUGGUUCUUGUCUUUCUGGCCUACGGUCUGCUAAAGAGACUUCUGGGGUCCAAGCUAAGGAGGUGUGUGAAGUUUCAAGGCCAGUCUUGCCUGAGCCUCUGGCUGAAAAGAGGUCUAGCCCUUGCUGCUGGCCUGGGUGUGAUCUUGUGGUUAUCUCUGGACACUGCCCAGCGGCCUGAACAGUUGGUGUCCUUUGCAGGGAUCUGUGUGUUUCUUGCUCUUCUCUUUGCUGGCUCAAAGCAUCACCGUGCGGUGUCAUGGCGGGCUGUGUCCUGGGGCCUUGGCCUGCAGUUUGUGCUUGGACUCUUCGUCAUCAGAACAGAACCCGGGUUCGUUGCUUUCCAGUGGCUAGGUGACCAGAUUCAGGUCUUCCUGAGUUACACUGAAGCCGGCUCUAGCUUCGUCUUUGGAGAGGCUCUGGUCAAGAAUGUCUUUGCCUUUCAGGUUUUGCCCAUCGUCAUCUUCUUCAGCUGCGUCAUGUCAGUUCUGUACUAUCUGGGCCUCAUGCAGUGGGUGAUCCUGAAGAUUGCCUGGUUGAUGCAGGUUACCAUGGGCACCUCAGCCACUGAGACUCUAAGUGUGGCAGGAAACAUCUUUGUGAGCCAGACUGAAGCUCCGCUGCUGAUCCGGCCCUAUCUGGCAGACAUGACACUCUCUGAAGUUCACGUUGUCAUGACUGGAGGCUAUGCUACUAUUGCUGGCAGCCUCCUGGGCGCCUACAUCUCCUUUGGGAUUGACGCUGCCUCCUUAAUUGCUGCCUCUGUCAUGGCGGCCCCUUGUGCUUUGGCCCUCUCCAAGCUGGUCUAUCCAGAGGUGGAAGAGUCCAAGUUCCGGAGCCAGGAAGGCGUGAAGCUGACAUAUGGAGACGCUCAGAACCUCGUGGAAGCAGCCAGUGCUGGGGCUGCCAUCUCAGUGAAAGUCGUUGCCAACAUUGCUGCCAAUCUGAUUGCCUUCCUGGCUGUACUGGCCUUCAUCAACGCUGCCCUCGCCUGGCUGGGGGACAUGGUGGAUAUCCAGGGACUGAGCUUCCAGCUCAUCUGCUCCUAUGUCCUGCGGCCUGUGGCCUUCUUGAUGGGUGUGGCCUGGGAGGACUGUCCGGUAGUGGCUGAGCUGCUGGGCAUCAAGCUGUUUCUCAAUGAGUUUGUGGCCUAUGAAGCACUUUCCCAGUAUAAGCAACGGCGCCUGGCAGGGGCUGAGGAGUGGCUUGGUGGCAAAAAACAGUGGAUCUCUGUCAGAGCAGAAAUCCUGACGACAUAUGCCCUCUGUGGAUUCGCCAACUUCAGCUCCAUUGGGAUCAUGCUGGGAGGCCUGACCUCCCUGGUCCCCCAUCGGAGGAGUGACUUCUCCCAGAUCGUGCUCAGGGCGCUGACCACAGGGGCCUUCGUGUCCCUGGUAAAUGCCUGUGUGGCAGGGAUCCUCUAUGUGCCCAGGGGGGUCGAGGUGGACUGUGUGUCUCUUCUGAACCAAACUGUCAGCAGCAGCAGCUUUGAGGUUUACCUGUGCUGUCGCCAAGUCUUCCAGAACACCAGCUUGGAGUUCGGCCAAGAGGCACUGGACAACUGCUGUGGGUUCUACAACCACACAAUCUGCACAUAGCUGGGUCUGAACAUCUUCCUGACCUCAGGGCUCGUCCAUCCCAGAGAGGCCAUGGGGCUCAGCACUACUUCCAUGCCACAACUGGGAACGGUGCUACAGUGAAUGAAAGAUGCUACCCACCCUGGUCCCAUCACUGCUCACAUGUCCUACCUCUCCAAGUGUGAGUUCUCAGUGUGGUCGGCCCCCUUGCCCUCCGAGAGCCGACAUUCUGGUCCUCUCUACUCCUCUUUCCCUGGGACCCUCAUGUGCGCCUGGCCAAAGCCUCCUCCCUGCUCCCUCCCAAGCUUCCAAAUUGCUGGAUGGCCCCAGAAACUGUCUUUAGAGACACCUUCCCAUCACCCAAUCCCCGAGAGGGCUUUCCAGACUGGUGUCCUGCAGGACAUCAUCUCAUUAGGUGUGGUGUCAGAGUGGCCCAGAAUCCACUGGUUUGGAGCACUGCACUCAGUAUAGUUAGAUGGGGGUUGGUUGGUUUGUUGGGUUUUUAGAUGGCUCUCGUGUGGCUCACUCUGGCCUUGAGCUCAUUUGGUAGCUGAGGUAACACUAUUCCUCAUUCCUCCUGCUGUCACCCCUGAGCGUGGGGAGUUCAGGUGUGCACCAUCACACCGGGCCAUAAGGGCUUCUUAUCUGGGCUGUCAAGAGAUCUCAGUGGGUGAAGGCAUCUGCUGCUAAGUUUGAUGAACUGACUCUGAUCCCCGGGGCCUCAAGGUGAAAGAGAAGAAUAAUCUCUGCAUGUGUGGGUGGCACAUACUCUGCCCCUCCCAACGGAAAACAAUAAAAUGUAACUUAAAACCUUUA